ACUCCCUGCGAUGCGUGCGGGACUUUUUUGAUCAUCCUCAUGGUGACCCCGUGUUUGCAUUUGCUUUGUUGCCAGUGUAUGAAAGGGAAAAACAAUUUGUGUCCGGCCUGCGGAUGCACAUUUUCGGUGGAUGCCUUUCAAUUGCUGCAGCCAGGCCUGUCAGUGCACUGGCACGAGGAAGAUUUAGUGGUGCUGCCGGACCGGGUGGAUAAACCUCU